UCACGUGAUCUCCUUUGGCUCUCACGAAAGUAUGUAACUCCACGGAGAUUCGGAUUUGCUAUAUUACUUUGAAGUUUUCUACUCCAUUUUGCCAAGAAACGACGGUUUGGAAUUCACCGAUAAGGCUGUAUGUUACUUAAGCUAGCUGCAUUUUGCUGUGUGGUCCGUUCAAGUAACAUUUGACGAGUUAAUAUUUGGAAUUUGAGGCUUCAUCGACGGAAUGUUAUUUUGAGAGAAAGCGAAUCGCCGAUAAAUUUGGAGUGGUGUGUCCUACGAAGCAUCAAGUCCUGCAACUUUUAUGCCACCAAGACGUCAUGAACGUUUUAGCUAUUUGCCUCUUUGAUUGGAAGCAAGUUGUUUAACUAACGGAACACCAAUUUUGAGGCAAUAGUAAUCAAAUUCAGUGUAAUACAAGUUAAUAGAGCGGGACCAUCAGCAUAAACAUAACAACAGUGCAGCGUGCAAGGGAAAUACUUAUAUCUGAUGUACACUGCUAUAAAUCAACACAUUCCAGCUCCGUUUGUGCACCCUGGAAGCAGUUUUAUUUACAGAUAAUACGCCAUUGGUCAGUGGGGUUAUUAUUUACGAGUUUGUGGGAGCUACUUUAGUGAAUCUCUUGGCAAGCUUUGGAGGUUUUCACGAUGGGCUGACCAACUGAUCGAGUUGCUGCACUGGAAUUUAUGGCUAGCGGGAAGGGCCCAGCAACGGGAUUACAGCUGGCUCCCACUGAUGUUAAUGCAAGCAGUGAGCUCCCUUCCUCAACCAAGAAAAUACUCAUCCAGCGCAUUAACAAUGGAUUUGGGUUUACCUUGCGGCAUUUUGUAGUUUACCCUCCAGAGGUCAUCCGACCCAGCUCCCAGGAAAACCCUUUGCAUGGUGUUGAGAAUGACCAGGUUAGAAGAGGCAAGCCAAUGGACACAGUUUUUGUUCGGCAGGUGGCUCCCAAUGGCCCUGCUGAUAAAGCAGGCCUGUCUUCAGGGGAUCAGAUUGUGUCAGUGAAUGGUAAUCAAGUUCUUAACAGAACUUAUUCACAAGUCAUUGAGCUGAUCCAAAAGAGUGUGGAACAAGUGGAAUUAGGAGUCAUACCCAAAGAAGACUGUGUCCUUGAAAUGGUCAGCCCAAAGAAAACAAUCACACCUGCUCAAGUAAAGCCAAGUCCACCACCAACCAAGCCUAAGCCUGCUCGAUCUGGAUCAGUAGAUCAUGGAACCCCUUCUCCCGGCAAAGUAACAUCCACUGUGAUAAUAGCACCAACACCCAGCCCUGAUGCUCAAUGGAAGAACACUUCGGUUACACUAAAGUUGACCGACACAUCUGUUGACAGCCAUGUAACACCAACUAGUGAAACCCACGUGAGUCGUCGGGGCUCUAUUGAUAGAUCAGCUCAAGAGCACAGAAACUUUGUCAUCUCGGAUAACAGCAAUGAGGAUACAAAUAAUAACAAAAAACAUUCUCCAAGCCCUGGACAACAUGGGUCAAUGGAUGGAACAUUUUUCUAUGCUGCAACUGACUACACUGGCAAGGCCAAAGCUUUGCACUUUCAAAGAGGAGCAACCUCCGGGGAUAAUCUAACUGUUAUUGAUGACCCUAAAUCCAAGGGUCGGUCCCGAUCUCUUCCAGCUGUAGAGAUGAAGGGUUUUCAAGGUUGGCAAGAAAGUAGGAGAAGAAAAUAUGAAGCAGCCUUACAAAAUGGGUUAAAAACAGAUCAAAAUACACUGCAGAUACACAUAGGAGGGAAUCACAAUAAAAGCGAUAACAGUAUUUCCAAUUUUUCUAUUUCUUCUCCAAGGACAGUUGCAUUAGAUAGCUCUUCCACUAUGAAUGUCAGUCCCAACUCUGACUCUAGCUCGCGUCAACCUGUUGCUUCAGAUCCCAAUCAUCGACGAAUGAGUGGGGAGGAGUCAACAUCAUACUUGAUCAGGACAAUAGCUUCUCACAUGAACCAGGAACGGAAUACAAAUCUAAAAUCUUCUACAAUGGAGGCAACACUAUUGGAGAGUCAGCCUACACGUCGAAACUCUGACCAUGCCAUCAGGACUUAUGACCAGCUGCCAUUAUCACGGCAGAGUGGUAGCAGUGAGCACCUUUCCUACUCAAACCAAGUCUCCAUCUACCCUAACCAAACCCAUCUUGAGAAUUCUUCCUACAGUGAGAGCCAUCAUAUGAGACUGGAGACUCCUACUGUACAAGGCAGAAAGUCUGAACAAUCAUCCAGUCCACGGCAACGUCGGACUUCUUACCUUAUGGCCACAGGGUCAGCUCCUACAUCACCCACCUCCAAAUUACCCCCAAGAGGUGGUAGUACUAAAAAGGUUAAACCCACUCUGUCAUCAGCAUUGUCCUCUAGUUUUAUUACCCCAAUGAUGGUACAUGUGUCUACUGGUAACAAUGGUGGCCAGGAAGAGAGGGGGGAAGAUUUCCUGGAAAAUGAUGAGAUUUUCAUGGAGGGUGAGCAUGACGAUGAUUCCCUUGCACCUCGGCUUGGCCGACGGGUGUCUUAUGUGAUGGCAACCUCAACCCCAUCCUCCCCGACCACCCUGACGCUUGAAGGCAUGAAGGAAGAGGAGGACGAGCACACCAUUGGAAAUAUGGAGAUCUCAAAAGAGGGAUUGCUGUGGAAGAAACUGGCUGUUGCAGGUGGAGGAAAGCGCUCAAGUGUACGUUCUUGGAAACCUGUCUAUACUGUCCUCAAAGGUCAUGUGAUGUAUUUCCACAAAGACAAGGAAUCAGCACACCAUGGUGAUGGCUUUGAGGAGUCCCAGCCAAUCAGUAUCAAGUCCAGUAUCGUUGAUAUUGCAUAUGACUACACCAAAAGAAAGAACGUCUUUAGGAUGACAACCUAUAAUGGUUCAGAGUUUCUGUUCCAGGCUGAAGACCACGAAUCAAUGAUGACUUGGAUUGCUGCCAUUCAAGCCAAUAAUAAUCCUGAUGAAGAUAAAUCAGGUGUUACCAGUCAAAGUCUUAUUAUCAGAAGGAUGAGAACAGUAGAACAAGAAACAGGGCCAAGCAACAACCAGACACCAACAUCUCAAAAGCUGACACCAGCUGGCGGGGCCAAGAUGCCAAACUUCUCAAACCUCAAGAAAAGUCUUUCUUUUAAAAACAUCUCUGGCAGCCAAAAAGGUGAUGGAACAAAGAAUCAUCAGUGGCACAAAGGACACAAGAAAAGGAAAAAGCCUCCAUCUGCAGCAGGGUCUAAUUACACUCCUGGUCACACGAUAGGUGUCCCACUUGAAAUGUGCCCUUGCUCAAAAUCUAAUAAGUUUGUUCCAAUCCUGGUUGAGCACUGCUGUGAUGUAGUCGGUACGAAGGGCAUUGAGGCAGUUGGAGUUUACAGGGUGCCUGGAAAUUCAGCUGCUGUGGGUGCACUAAGCGAAGAGCUGAACGAGAAAGGGGCGGAAAACAUCAACUUUCAAGAAGAGAAAUGGCACGAUGUGAACAAUAUUACAAGUUUGUUGAAGCAAUUCCUGCGAAAGCUGCCAGAAGGGCUGGUUACCGCAGAGCUCUAUGAAAGCUUUAUUGAGGCAAACCGCAAAGACGACCCUGUUGAAAGAAUGGGUGCCCUGAAGAUGCUGAUCAACGAGUUACCUGAUCAUAAUUACGAAACGCUGCGUCACCUCCUAACCCACUUAAAGCAUGUAGCGGAGCAUGCAGACACCAACAAGAUGGAGGCUCGUAAUCUCGCCAUCGUGUUUGGCCCCACGUUAGUACGGACAGGGGAAGACACUAUGAUGUCUAUGGUCAAGGACAUGUCUGACCAAUGUCGUAUAGUGGAGACCAUUCUUACCCAUAACGAGUGGUUCUUUGAGGGCUCGGAAGGAGAGGACGCUCCACCUUCAAAGCCUCCCCUGGAUGCUACGGAUAACUCUGCAGAUCAGUUCGUCUCACUGAGUGUGUUGUCAUCUCUCGGACAAGCUGCCGGGAGCUUCAAUGAAGAAGGAAACAUUAAACACAAGCCGACCUCACCAGGGCACCUUACUCUGCACAUCCCCAAGUUUAGGACAAAGCCCGGCAAGAGUGAGUCUCAAGACUCUCAUGGUGGGGAUAGCUCCCCAUCAGAUGGAAGCAUGUCUCCCACCAGCAGUCGACCUGUGCUACGGUUCGCAGGCUCCUGUCCGGGAUCACCUACGCAGGAGCGUGCCAGCAACAAGCUGAUGGCCAAACGCCACGAGUUGUCCUCCUCCUCUACCGGUUCAAUGUCUUCCGCUGCUUUGGACGUGAACGACAGUGAAUCUAGGACUCGAGGGUGCUCGUCCUUAAGGGCGUAUUCCUAUGCUCGACCGCCGCCACCAUCUUAUCGCAAGAGUGGACCCCCCAAGAGGCCCAACAGCCCAUCCAAUGAGCAAGACGGUCCGCAGGGGAACGCCACGUCUGGCUUCAUGUCAGAGACGAGUGAUGGUAGUAAGAAAGACGACGGACACGAUGAACAUGGUCUUCAGAAACCCACCUUUGCAUCACUUAGCGAGGAAACCAGGCUAAGACUGCUCAAGGUCAGCCUACAGCAGAAAGCAGCCGAGAAAAAGCGAAUGCUUGAAAGUCCCACAAGUCCGCAUCCCCCAACAUUCCCUGAUGUGAACGGAGAGCUAACGGUGCCUCAUCGCGAGCACGAGACGUCGGACAGCACUGAGCAUCUGAGCAGCGACAAUACCAGCAGAAGCAGUAGUACCCCUAGCAGCAAAAACGCAUCUAGGGAGUCUCUUCAGCACCAGCAGCAGAUGGAUGAAGCGCAAAGGGCUGUACCCUUUAAAACAGAGAGCGUUGCCACGUCGUCCCCAGCCACCUCACAGGAGAGUACGACCACGUCAAGUCAGACGGUGCUUACUAUACUACAUGGUGAAGGCGUCCCUGCGGCUCCCGCAGAGGCCACGCGUCGACCGGCAAGCUCUGAUAUACGAGCGCGCAGGAACACUGCUGAAGGGUUACGAAUCCGGCGCUCGUUGCAGUCUGAGAGUAGCGAUUCGUCUGGCGAUGAGGAAGGGGAGCUAAAGCUUAGUAUGUCCAAGACGUUCGACGAAAAAUUACGUAUCCUCCUGGAUUUGGAUUAUCAGUUCAAGGAUCAGAAGCGAAAGGAGGAGGAGACUGCGGCAGUUGCCGGCGCUAGGCGACCUUCAGACGAGCUUACGGAUGAUGCAAAAGGCAGUAACACCAGCCUGAACUCGUCUGCUUCUGAGCGCAAACCUUCCGUGGAGAGACCAGACGCGCAGCCCAGAAGGGCAUCCGUCGAGAGAUCGCUAUUUAUCAACAAGCCACCAGCCACGAAGUCAUCGCUACAGAUCAACACUAAAAGUAAGCAAGUACUGAGUGCGCAACCUAAAGCAGCUAGCAAGCGCCCCGUCUCCGCACGAGAUCCUCCCAAGGCUCAGCUAUCAAUGACUAAACCAGAGGUUUCUAGGAAAAGUGAAGGCUCGUUCCUAGAUGAGCGUCAGGCUUCAAAGAUCGGUCACGUUCACACGGCGACUCCGGUCGCGCUCAGGGAAUUCAAGAUCGAUGGCAAUUUGAGGAAAGAGCCAAAGAAAGCUGCAGUUGGGUCUACACCGCCAUCCCGCGCACCGGCUGCCAAGCCACCCCUGACUAGACACGACUCGCCCUUUGUGAAGAGUAUGACGGAGAGUGGGCACGGUAAAUCGCGUACGGAGACGAGCUCCAUCACGAUCAGUCCGCGACACCCUACCAACAGUCCGCGCGGGUAUGUGUCCGAGGCUGCUAGUCCUCGCAACUCCAGCACAGAAACAAGCCCGCGGAACUCGCGCACCGAGAUGAACAUCAACUUGUCCGGUGGGCAACUGAAGACCUCUUCCGAAGCACACAGUCGUAAAAUGCCUGGUGGGCAACCAAAAUAUGGAGUUCCAGGCAACAGGAGACCCGCUGCCAGCAAGUAUGCUGCAAUGGCCGCGCGAACGCACGUGCCACCCAAGGUUAUGGGCCGCGAUACGACCGCGAAGUCCCCGACAUAUCCACACCGGGACGCUCACAGGGACAUUCUACCGUCUCGAUCGACUUACGGCGGCUCGUACAAGGAGCCAGUGCGUCAGAAACACGUACAUAAAAUGGAGUCCAACGCAAAACACAUAGCGGAGCUGCUAGAAGAGAUGCACAGCGAGCGCUAUCUCAAGAUGUCGCGCCAGCGAUCCGAUAUCUCAGGACAAGCGCAGAAGGCGGCGGCUCAGCGGGCUGCCCAGGCGCGCAUGCGCAGGAGGUCUCUCGGAGACGAGAACCAGGAGAACAUCGCGCUUGCUGUGGCCGCUGCUGACAAAGAGAAACUCGCGCCGCCACCACCACAGGGUUCCCAGCGCGACCGUAGACAAGCGGACGAUACACCGCUCUCGAGCGAACACCGAGUUAACGUCAAAUCUAAAAGAUAAACACUGGUAUCCUAAAACCUUGCGUUUAAUUAUUUACCUUAGGCUAAGUUUUCGUCCUAUUGUGCAUGAGUCGAUUGCAAAUUAUAGAAAAAGAGGAAACAAUCAACUCAGCUCAUAGAUAAUAUGGUGAUGUUUAUUUCCGGUAUAAGCUCCGUACAUGCAGCGCCAGCAUUGAUUAGAAUUACAUGUACAGCCUCACUUGGAUGCCCACAAGAGAAUACAGCAAUGCCAGCGCUGUUUGCAUGCGGCUAGAAAGACGUUUGGUACACUUAAUGAAUAGGACAGAGUUCGCACACUGCGAACUACUUGUUCAACUCGUCUAUAAUCCUGUACUUGUUUCUUGGAUUCUGGUGCAUGGGUGUGACUCCUUUUGGAUAUCCAGAUCCCUGUCUCCAAGAGACACACUAAGAACUAAAUUUCUUGCGAUUUUUAAGCGCCUCCCAAAUGCCCCAUCUUUCAUGAGAUCAAUUCUGUAUUUUAUAAAAGUAAAGUAUUGUAGGUUGGGUUUUAUAUGAAUAUGUUUUUAUAUGUAUGACGGUUUUCCUUCAGGGGUAGGGCUAGUUUAGUGGGGGUAUAUUUUGAACUGAAAUGCAUUUCUAAGAGAACUGCCGCAUGUUUCAUUAAGAGCUCUAUUUUCACAGAAAUUGAUUAAUGCAUAAAAAUGCAUGUGGUACUACUUGCACUUUGGCAAAAGAAACUUGUAUUUUUAUAUUCUUCUAUAUAUCAAUAUUAUUGAAAAUAUAUAUCUUUUAUUUA